CUCAUUGUCACCGAGGCUCUUCAAAGCUGGGCAUAGGAAGGUUCCGUUUUCAUUCGUCUUUUUUUUUAACCAUCUUAUAGCAACAAAUAAUGUUUUUGACACCGCCUGGACACAGAGUUCCCACUCCGACGUGUUUUAUUUCACCGCGACAAUGAGAAGAGCCACAGGGCGGGUUGGACCGCAGAGAGGAGCCAGGGAAAGGACUGAGUGAGAGGCGGCCGCUUUCCUUUCUAACACCCGCAGUUGGUCAAUGAUUUACAUCCCGAGGCCGUGGCUGUCCGCCGACUUCCAGAAACUGUGUCUCAGCCGGGUUUGGUUCUAUUUAACGGGCUAAUUUAUCGGAGCUCAUUAAACCCCCCAUUAGCUAGCUAACGGUGGGCACCAACUGCCGGUUUUUGCACCUGAAUCAGCCUCCUGUAAGUUUUUUUAUUUUAACCUCAGCGGUUGUUCGUCCUCGUCGCUUCAGCAUGAUGCAGCUGAAUGUAAACCGAUGAUCAGCAGGAUUUGCCGGGUUCUAGAGCAAUGAUCCGGUAGGGUCUGUGAGGGGGGGUUCAGGGGGGGAGGAAAGUGGAAAGCUAAUUUAGAAGCAGGGGGUGGUGAUUUUCUCUGGAAUAUGAGGUGGACGUGGAUGAUACCGGUUUGUUUUUAACGCAUCACUUUAAUCUGGAUCACCGUCUGGGUGACCUGCGCUGCCUUCACGGACUGUAGGAAUGAGGAUUGCAAAGGACUGAAGCUGUCCUCCUGCUUCUCUUCUCCAAGCUUGGCUGGAUUUUUUUUCUCUCCGUUUUAAGCAAGUUGGGAAAAAUAAACUCUGCACGCUUUUUUAUUUAUCACCUGGAGGACUCACUCAGGGAGGAACAAUGUCUUUACGCACAGCACUGCCUGGAAACGAGCGGAACCAGGACCAUCAUGCCUCUCUGUCGGCCAGCCGCUCAGAUAAAGGUACCGGCUGGUCAAGCCGCUCGCUCGGCGCCCGCUGUCGAAACUCCAUCGCUCUGUGUUCAGAUGAGCUGCCACACAUCGGGAACUACCGGCUGCUCAAAACCAUCGGCAAGGGCAACUUUGCCAAAGUCAAGCUGGCCCGGCACUUACUGACGGGCAGAGAGGUUGCGAUCAAGAUCAUCGAUAAAACCCAACUUAACCCAACCAGCCUACAGAAGCUGUUUCGAGAGGUACGCAUCAUGAAAACUCUGAACCAUCCCAACAUAGUCCAGCUUUUUGAGGUGAUUGAGACGGAGAAGACUCUUUACCUCGUCAUGGAGUACGCCAGCGGAGGCGAAGUGUUUGACUACCUCGUGGCUCACGGCAGAAUGAAAGAGAAAGAGGCCAGAGCCAAAUUCAGACAGAUUGUUUCUGCUGUGCACUACUGUCACCAGAAGAAUAUUGUUCACAGAGACUUGAAGGCGGAGAACCUGCUGCUCGACGCCGACUCCAACAUAAAGAUCGCAGACUUCGGCUUCAGUAAUGAGUUCACUGAAGGAAGCAAGCUGGACACCUUCUGUGGUUCCCCACCGUACGCUGCUCCAGAGCUUUUCCAGGGGAAGAAGUACGACGGUCCAGAGGUGGACAUCUGGAGCCUUGGCGUCAUCCUGUACACACUGGUCAGCGGGUCGCUGCCGUUUGAUGGGCAGAACCUAAAGGAGCUUCGGGAGCGGGUUUUAAGAGGGAAGUAUCGCGUUCCCUUCUACAUGUCCACAGAUUGCGAGGGAAUCCUGCGUCGCUUCCUGGUCCUGAACCCUGCUAAGCGCUGCUCUCUGGAGCAAAUAAUGAAAGAUAAGUGGAUUAAUGUCGGCUAUGAAGGCUCUGAGCUGAAGCCCCAUGUGGAGCCGGAGGAGGACUUUAAUGACAGUAGCCGCAUCGAUGUGAUAGUUGGGAUGGGGUUCGAGAGAGAUGAGGUCCGGGAGUCGCUGGUGAAGCAUAAAUACAAUGAGAUCACUGCCAUGUACCUGCUGCUCGGACGCAAGAGCGAGAAUGAAGGUACUGAGUCUCGGUCGGGCAGCAGUCUGAGUCUAGCUCGCAUACGCCCCAGCGCCAUCACAAACGGGACAAGCAAACACUCCACGUCCUCCUCUUCCUCCGGUGCUCAGUCUUCCUCCUCCAGCCACAAGCCUCAGCGAAGCGCCUCAACGUACCACCGCCAGAGACGUCACUCUGACUUCUGUGGUCCAGCUGCUCCUGGGUCGGCCCACCCCAAGAGAAGUCCCAGCGGCGUAGGCGAAGCAGCCGCCCUCAAAGAAGAACGGUUGUCCAUACGUAAGCCGAGCAGCACCACCGUGGGCUCCCGCAGCAUCCCGACCCCAUCCAGUCCCAUGGUUAGCUCCGCCCACAACCCGAAUAAAGCUGAGAUACCCGACAGGCGCAAGGAGGUGAAUUCAACAGUGAAUAACCUCCCUGCCAGUGCCAUGACUCGAAGGAACACCUAUGUGUGCACAGACCGAUCCGGCACAGACCGAUCAUCGCUACUACAAAAUGGCAAAGAAAACAGUACCUUAUCCCACCGCCUGCCCCCAGCCUCGCCCUCCUCCCACAGCAUCGCCGGCGCCUCUGGGGUCUCGUCAUCCACUCCCUCAUCCCGUCUCUCCAGGGGAUCCACGGUGAGGAGCACGUUUCACGGAGGUCAGAUCAGAGACCGUCGUCCUCCAUCUCACGCCCCGCCGGCUUCGCCUACGCCAUCUCACGAUGCCAGCCCGCUGCCCCACGUCAGGAGCCGGGCGCCUUCCAACCUGCUCAGCAAAAUCACCUCCAAGCUGACCCGCAAGGUCACUCUUGACCCUUCUAAACGUCCGAGCUCAAACAAGUCCGUGUCGGGCUGCACCCUCCCACAGGGAACAAAAACAGUUAGGUCACAGACCAACCUGAGAGAAUCAGCAGAUCUCCGGUCCCAAGCCUCAGCAGCUCCAGCCCAGUCUCAGGUUAAAAGCAUCAGUCGCCAUCUAUCUGGGUAUCAGAAAGCGGCCGAGCCCCGGACCCCCCGAUGCGGAUGGGAUGUGAGGGUCCGGAGCCCCCGGGAUCCCGCCGAGGUGGUGCUGGCAUUGCGAGAGGCGGCGCAGGGCUGCGGCUGCCAGGUCCAUCUCGCCGGGUCUUUCCUCCUGUCCUGCACCCAUGGGGCAGCCGGCGCUCGCGUGGCCUUCGAGGCCGAGGUCUGCCAGCUGCCCAGCGGGCAGGGCCAAAGCGGUGUGAAGUUCAGGCGCCUGUGGGGGGCGCCUCUAGCCUUUAGAGACAUCGCCGCCAAAGUGUCCAAGGAGCUGGAGCUCAGAGGUGAGGCAAGUAGGUGACAGACUGACGGACUGAGGAAGGAGGAGGAGGAAGGGAAAUAACUUCCUUCUUCUCUUCCUCCUUGGACUCCACAUCAUCUCGCAUUGCCUCACCUCCGCCAAAAGCCCCUCAGCUCCCAGACACCCCCACUCAAAGCUGGACGGACGGAUGCAACAGACUAAAGCUGCCCCUUUGACCUGCGACCCCUGCUGAGAAAACACCCACACCUGCGUAGCUUAAGGCCAUAGAGUUGGACUCUUACUUUUUUUUUUUUCACAAGUUCAGAUGUAAUUCAGGUUGUUGUUGCUGAAAAUGAUUGCGAACGGUAACUUGUUUAUAUUGUUGUUUCUGUUGUUUGUCAUCAUUCCUUUUUAAAGAGCUGCUAUUUAAACUGUUCUUUUUUUAUUUUUAUGUAAUUAUUAUUAUUUUUUUUGCUUAGUGCUUUUAAAAUAGGAAGAUAUUGACAACUACUGUCAAUAUCAGAAUCAGAAGUCACAGAGGAAACCUCCGGCCUGUAGGGGGAGACAUGCAGAAAUGCAGGGACUGUCAACAGAUUAACUGAAGCAAAGCUGAAGAAGCCUCUUGGAUGAGAGGCCAAACGUCUUCUGCCCAGUUACCUAUACUGCUGCUUCAAGCCUCUGGAUUUUGGCUAUUCUUCAGCCUUCCUACUGAAAAGUUUGCUUCAUUCUCUCAUCUAUGUGGUAAACAGGAAGCAGAGCCUCUUUCCCGUCUGACGUUUAACAUGUAGGGACAUAAAAACAAUCGCACCGUCAUUAUUUAUUAAACCAGUAUGAAGCCAAAAUAGAAAUGCUGUGUUGUGGAAAAUCAAAUAACACCCAGUCGCUUCAGCUGAAAACCUCACUUAGUAACUAUGUAUUCUGUUGUGUUUUUAGAUAAAAACUUUUUUUCUCUGUUAGCUUUUUU